UAAAGUGUAUUCUAUUUCAGCAAACAAGACGAAAUACCGAAACUGGAACACGGAAAAUAUUUCAUUUUAAAACUUCUUUUGUUAAAUUGACUACGUGAUUUACGAUAUAUUUGUACUGAAUCAAUAAGGAAGAAAAUAUUUAAAAAUGGUCGCAAUUUCAAAUUCUUUAAAGGAUGGAUAAGCAGGCAAUUUUCAGCUGAUGAACUAAACAAACACAGUGAGAUAUUACAAGGAAAGUUCAAAAGAGAAUGGCUAACUGGAAUAAACAUUAUUUUUUCCUGAGUAUUUUAUUCAUACACGAUGGCAUCAAAGGAAUAGAUGGGCACUGGAGACAGUCUGACACAGGUCUACAAGAACACUUCUUGAACUAUGCCUAUAACCGGUCUAGUCAUGAUAUCACAAACAAUGACUAUAGAUCUAGCAAGGCAUAUACGGAAACCAGACCUAGACUUCACGAUCCCAAAGAAACAGACUACGCUGAAAAUGAUCAUACAAUAAGCAAGCAAGUAGAAAAUAACCAUAAAUUUAAUCAUAUCGUAUUAGCAAAGAGGGAAAUCAGUGUCGUAUCAUUGAAGGACCGUAAAGAAAUUGAGACUACUCAUGGAUUUCAUACAAAAUCAUGUAGCAUCAACGUUGCAAAAACAAGCAUUAGGUACUUUCAAAACAUCUUGAAGACUGGACCUCAAUUUGUUCAGCUCAAUUUAACACUCGUAGGAAAUUCGACCUAUAGAAAUACAAGCUCCGUUUUCAAACCUUUUCGUUGGAGCUGGACACCAAACACAACUGCUGGACCAUAUCCUUUCUUGUCCUGGAACAUCGAUUAUGGCCUUCUAUCGUUCGGUCUUCUAGAACCCUGCACGAAAUAUAUACCAUACAUAAUUUUAGAUAUUGAAGGUGACUGCAAUUUGACUUUUGGUACUCCCGAUACAUCGUUCCGGAUCACUAAGGCUCUUGGACAGAUGCUAACUACGCCAGUUAUUAAUCAUUCCGUCUUUUAUGCCUAUAGUUACUUCUGUUUUCUGAGAGUGAGAGAAGAACUUUUAAAUACAGCGACGUAUUAUGCUUCACUAUAUAUCAUUUUUCCAAUUGGAUACAUUUCAUAUGAUUGCUGUACUGCAAUAUACGACUGGAAUAACGAAACUAGAAAGUAUAAUUGUACGGAAAAAACUCCUGGCCUUCAUUUUUGGGAACAAACGACACUCUUGCCAUUUCUUGUCGGACUUUUGAUCCUGGUUUACUUUCCAAUAUACUUAUGUGACGUGCUUGCCUGGAUGUCAAAACGAGAACAUGUCAGUACUGAUAAUGAAAAUGGUAACGGACAUUUUACAAAUAGAUACACGUCGCUUGAAAACGAAGAUGACUGGGUUUUUGAGAAUGGAGAGUCGCCAUUAACAUUUUGUGAACUACUAGGUUUUAGUGUUUUUGGACUAGAAAAGUCGCACCCUAUUCUUGUUUCAAGACUACGAAGAUUUAUAUGCCAUCUUUUGAUACCAUCGGUAAUUUAUUUUCAAAUACUUCUAUACAAAAAUGGGAUAGGGCCAGGUAAAGAGAACCGAAUAACCGUCAAAGAUCUAGUUGAUGUUGGGACACCUAUGGGUUUCUUAUCUGUACUCGGUAGCCCGGAAUAUAGAAACAAAGUGUUUGUCCCCUACCUAGGAGGACCCGUUGGCAUUAUUGUUAUAUACUAUAUCUUAGGUAUUUUGUUCGUUGUUUUCCCAAGGAGCUUGAAACAAAUCAUUGAAGACGGUUUGCCGUCCGGCAGGUUUACAAAUGAAAUAGGCAUUUCCGCUGGAGAACAACCAGAAGCCCGGAUGGGUCCACCAGAUCAUAAUCAUUCCCUUGAAGACGGUAUUGUUACCAGUCAGUUAAUACAUUCACAUAUGAGAAUUAAGUCACCAUUAUUCUUCGGAAAUGGUGAUAUUGUAAAAGCAUCAAUGGUAAACAUCAGACCGGAUCAACUCCAACCGGGCUAUACAAAAGCAGCGACCCUUAUGAGAUGCAGCAUUUACAUGCUUUUCACAAAAUUGUUCUGGUCUCAAGUUGUAGGAAUCCAAAGUAGCCGCAUUUCUCAUCUUAUUGCUCAUGCUCCCAUCUACAAGAAAGUAUUUGCACUUUUUAUAUUACCCAUGUAUGUCGUUCUCUGUGUGUUCGAAACAAUUUGUUGUAUCAUAUAUUAUGGUAUUCCGUUCUGUUUUUAUGUUGUUGUCGUUGUAAAAGGGGCUUCAACAGGGCUUGUCUACUUGAAAGAGCAGAUUAAAUGUUUAUCUUUCAUAUUCGAGUACCGUAUUUUUACGUUGCUUUGUGUAAGCUUUGUGUUUGUCUUAUCGUCUGUAUACGCGUAUAUAGUCGCUCUCAUUUUUCUGAAAAGCUUUGGAAUUUUGUCGCAAAUCUUUGUUCUUUGUUUUAUCUCUGUAAUAAUGUAUCCGUCUUACUCCUUCGGAUACAUAUUUUUUUUUACUGCGUCUUUAUAUUUUUGCUUUCGUCAAAUAAGGCAGUUUGGUGAGGUAUACACUAAUCUUUUGUCAACUGCAGUUGAAAUUUCUGACAGUAUUGAAGGAUAUGCUAACAACGUUUCAUUUUCGAACGGCAGACUAAGCCUUUCGAAUGUCCGAUAUGAAAACCUAAAGGACAUUCGAAUAAAUGGCAAAUUGUUAGAUGUAUCUCAAAAUAUGUUGAGGACGGUGUUUCUGCAUGAAAAUUUGAAAAUCAGAGAGAAAAAUAAUAUUUUAGGUAUUCCAAGAAAACUCUUUGAACAUCUCAUCAAAAAGUUUAGACCAAUUCAUCAUAAAGUGCUAUCUUUGGUCUUUAAAGUUGCAGCAAUGGCAGCUUUGAUCACAGUUACUUUAAGUAUCACGUCUGAUUACGUACAGGGCCCUACGUCCGAGAUAUCGGAAGUGAUGCACGUGAUUUUCAUUAUCGCCGUUGGCACACUUCCGGAGCUUAUUGAGGUCACCGUUUCUUACCGUGACGAUGAAAAUGUGGAAAAAGAAAUAGAGAAGAGAAAAAUCGAACAAGCUAUCAGAGAUUUUUGGAGAGAUAAUAAUGACAUUCUAAAUUAAAUAUUAGAGUUCUUGCAGAAUUGGGAAUAAAAAAUCCAAAACUUUGCAAUAUACAUGAGUUUGCUAUAUUUACAUAAAUGUUUGAACUAUCUACUUUUAACAAGAUUAAGGAGAAUUUAUGUACCAUGGUGUGUCAUUUCAAGUAUGUUUAUGUUUUUAAAACUAAAAUGCAAAUUUCUUUCGACAUUUGUAUUUUUUUUCUUUCAUUAUUACAAUGUUAUUCAUUUGACUAAUAAACUAUUAUAUCAAU